AUUACACCCACAAAACAAGUUAAUCUUGCAGCGAUGGAGUGUUAUCUAAGUUUGAAGACGUGAUAGAACAUGGACGACUACUGCUAUGCUAAGAUGGCGACGUCAUCACCAACGGAGAAAAAGACGAAAACCGAAGAUAAAGACGUCCAGCGGCUGAUUGGUCAUGCUGAAGAACUUCUCCCUCAGGCGCAGGGGGGGAGCUCUACUUUGAAGGAGGAAGCUUCACAGCCCCCCCACAUUAAAAAGGAAGAGGAAGAACUCUGGAUCACUCAGGAGGGAGAGUGUCUUCUAGGACCACAGGAGACUGAUCUCACCAAGUUGCCACUGACUGUUGUCUCUGUGAAGACUGAAGAAGAUGCAGAGAAACCACAAGUAGACAACCUCUUAGCUCCACUAUCAGAUAGUGAGGCUGAAGACGGGGUUGAAGAACCUUUGAGCAGCGAUACAGACUGUGAAGGUGAUAUGAAGACUCACACUGUCAACAAACACUCCGAAUGCUCUAAAAAGACUGAGAAUGAACAUUUGAGUUGCUCAGUUUGUGCUAAAAAUUUUACUCACAGGAGCAAUUUGACUAAACACAUGAGAACACACACAGGAGAAAAAACAUUUCAUUGUUCAGUUUGCAGAAGAAGCUUUUCUCUUAAGAAUACUUUGAUUCAACACAUGAGAACACACACUGGAGAAAAACCAUUUAUUUGUUCAAUUUGUGGUAAAAGCUUUUCUCAAAAGAGCAAUUUGACAGGACACACAAGAACACACAGUGGAGAAAAACCAUUUAUAUGUUUAGUGUGCGGGAAAAGCUUUUGUCAAAAGAGCAUUUUGACUUAUCACAUGAGAACACACACAGGAGAAAAACCAUUUAAUUGUUCAGUUUGCGGUAGAAACUUUUCUGUUAAGAAUAAUUUGAUUCAGCACAUGAGAACGCACACUGGAGAAAAACCAUUUAAUUGUUCAAUUUGUGGUAAAAGUUUCUCUCAAAAGAUCAGUUUAACUGAACACACGAGGAAACACACUGGAGAAAAACCAUUUAAUUGUUCAAUUUGUGGUAGAAACUUUUCCGUAAAGAAUAAUCUGAUUCAGCACAUGAGAACGCACACUGGAGAAAAACCUUUUAAUUGCUCAAUUUGUGGUAAGAGUUUUUCUCAAAAGAUCAGUUUAACUGAACACAUGAGAAAACACACUAAAGAAAAAACAUUUGUUUGUUCAAUUUGUGGUAAGAGCUUUUCUCUAAAGAGCAAUUUCACUCACCACACAAAAAUGCACAGAGGAGAAAAAACCAUUUAAUUUAAUUCAGUUUGUUGUAAAAGCUUUUCUCUCAGGGGAAAUUUGACUGAACACACACUGGAGAAAAAACUUGUAAUUGUUCAGUUUGCAAUAGAAGCUUUUCUCUAAAAAAAAAAAAUUUAGUAGAUUCAUCACAUGCGCACACACUGGAGAAAAAACAUUUAAAUGUUCAUUUUGUGGUAAAAAGACCAAUUUGACUGAACACAUGAGAACACACAGCUGAGAAAAAACAUACAGUAUAUAUGUUUGGUCUGCGGUAACCGAUUUUGACAAAGUAGCAUUUUGACUAUUCGCAUGAGAUCACAACUUGGGAUAAAAAUAAUUCAUAUUUUGAAUGAGUAGUCAAAGCUAUACACCCUGUCACUGGUAUAUAUUGUAUAUAUGUUAUAGACAUAAUAUAAUAUAUCUGUAUGUAUAUUAUUCUGUACACAUAUUAUGUAUAUAUUCGUAUAUAUGUUAGAUUUUUUUAUCGCUAUAUUAGUCUAUUUAUACCUGCAUUGUCCUUUCCAUCCUUACACUUUCCAUCAUUGUAACUGAGCUACUGUGUUGAACAAUUUCCCUUGUGGAUCAUUAAAGUUUGUCUACGUCUAAGUCUAAGUCUAAGUCUAAUACACAAAAGAGUCAUACUCAUAGUAUGAUGAGGUCUAAUCACAUGAGAACAUGCACAGCUGUAUACAAUUGGUGCAGUAGAUGGCAAGUUAUGUAUGAAGUGUCGGGCAGCUGAGGGAACUCUUGUUCAUUUAUUGUGGGAAUGUCAGAGAAUUAAAGAGUUAUGGUUGAAAACAAAAGAAACAAUCACAUUCCUAAAUAUAAACAUCCCAAUGGCACUGCAAACGUGUAUUCUUGGUGAUCUCCAUCAAUUUAGUAACGUGUCAUCAAAAAGUACAAAUGCAUUUUUUUCAAUAUGCAUCAUAACAAAAUUGGUGAUAUUAAAAAAAAUGGAUAGAUGUUGAUAGUCCAACUCAUUCUGACUGGUAUACACACAUAAUACAUACUGACUGGUAUACACAAGCUAUGGAGACGAUAUCAGUAGAAAAAACUGCAUUUAGUUCAGAUAACAAUGAGUCAUAUAUUGAAUAUGGGAUCCGUUAUUUAAAUAUAAAUGAACCUAAAAUGUGACCUAUUUUAUAUUUGUGGAAAAUAUUGGACACAAUGUGUUAUGAGAUAUGAUGCGAGUGUAAGGCACUGUGACAAUAUUUUUCAUUUUUUAAAUGUUUUUAUUUUAUAAAUGGCUGUGAUGAUAAUGUAAAUGAUGGAUUUCUAAUCACUGCUAUGUUGGAAUUCUUAUUAUUAUUGAUACUGUUGUUGAUAUUAUUAAUUUUUGUUUGACUACUUUUGGUUUGUUUUGUGUCAUGUUUGUGUGUCCUCUGAAUUGCUCUGUUGAUUGUUAUUCUGAAUGUUGCUGAGCCCGGUUUGGUUUUGGAAUUGAAAUUGUAUUAUUAUUGUAUUAUUGUGUAUUAUUUUGUUGGA